AUGGCGGCAGAGAACAAUACUCUGGGCGGCUUCGGUCAACAACCUGCCUACAGUGAGCCCUCAUUCCUGAAGUCACUCGACAAUGUCAGUGUUUCGAGAUGGCAGAUCUUCUUCGGCCUCAUCACUGCCUAUUGGUUAUACUCAACCAUCCGCUUUCAUAGAACACAGGCGAAGGUCCCAGGUGUUGGCUAUCCCACUUCUCCCAUAUUUGCUGCUUUUCCACUUGUUGCAUCAUGGAUUGCAGCCUACAGAUUCAUGCGCAACCCUCUGGGUUUAAUGACAGAGGGAUUUGCGAAGCACAGGCCGGGCUUUUUCCGCAUCUCGACACUGCAGAGCGAAUUCGUCAUCGUUACGGACAUCAAGAAGACCGCGGAAUACCUCAAAGCUUCAGAUGAUGUCUUCAGCUUUCAAGAUGCAGCAAAUGAACAGCAGCAGAUUCCAUUUACCAUGGGCUGGGGCAUUGGUUACAGGACUUAUCACACGCCAGUCAUCCGUGUUCAACUUACACAGAGCCUGAAAACUCGUGUGCCAUUGAUGCUUGGCGAAAUCCAGCAAGCGUUGGACGAGCUCAUUGGAAGUCCGCAGGAGUAUCAGCCUUUUUCAAUGUAUGGACUAAUUGCAACGGUUGUGGCACAAGCCAGCAACAUGGUUAUGAUCGGUCCAGAACUGGCGCAUAACAAGCCAUUCCUUGCUUUAGCCAUCAAAUAUGCGGAAGCAGUUGUCAUCUCGGCAGAACUGAUCAGACCUUUCCCUGACUGGCUCAAACAUAUCCUGAUACGAAUUGCCCCAGUAUGGGCUCGACGAAAAGACGCGAGACGCUAUCUUGAACCAAUUCUCCGAGCAAGGUUAGCUGGUGACUUCAAAGAUGGCCAAAAACCAGAUGAUCUGCUACAAUGGCUAAUGGACGUUGCGCCACAAGGGAUUGAGAGGUCAAUUCCUGCCCUUGUCGAGAGAUACAUGGCAAUGAAUGUGGCCUCAAUUCACACAACUACCAUGACUUUCUCCGGCGCUAUAUACAAACUCGCGGCUGAGCCUGAAAAGUACGCGGGUGAGCUUCGAGAAGAGCUUGAACAAGUCCUGAAAGAGGGUCCUCUGAGCAAAGACUCAUUACAGAAGCUCAAGAAGAUGGACAGUUUCCUACGUGAAUCAGCUCGUUUCAACAACUCAGGUCUACUGGCUAUGCAGCGCAAUGCAAGACAAGAAUUCAAGUUCUCCGACGGAACAGUACUUCCACCUGGCGCUCGAGUUGGUGCACCAACUCGUUUCAUUCACCGCGACCCAGACAGAUACGAAAACUCCCAAGAGUUUGACGGCUUCCGGUUCUCGAAGAUACGCAGUAGCAACGAGGAUGCAGCGAAUAAAUACCAGAUGGUGUCUACUGAACCGGAACUGCACGUCUUCGGACAUGGGAAACAUGCUUGCCCCGGAAGAUUCUUUGCAACGAAUGAGAUGAAGCUUAUGCUUGCCGAACUCAUUCAGCGCUACGAUAUGAAACUGGCUGAAGGUGAAAAGCCGAAUGAGUUCUUGUUGGGUACCAUGUGCUUUCCCGACACCAAAUUGAACGUGUGGUUGAAGGCGAGGACUCGAUGA